CUCCACUCGUGCGGUAAUCCCUGAGCUUUCUUCACCGCAGAAACAGCUAGUUCCGUCGUGUCUUCAGCGUUUGUUCUCACCGUCGGUAGCUCAUUUGCUGCUUCGCAUCUGCCCUGUGUCUUCUUUUCUGUUGUAGGAAGAAACUAAAGCGGCUACUUUCUCAGCCAGGCGACAAUCCAAUCCUGAGUUUUGUUAAUAAGCCUUCAAUCCGAGGUAAAAAAAGUAAAGCAGAAUCGCCAAGUACUCUACAAUGACUCGCAGCAUAAACAAUCCCAAGAAAGCUAAGAGGAAGAACAAGGGCGCUAAGAAAGGGGAUGGCUCAUCUUCUUCUUCCAUACCUUCAGCUCCCGCCAAGGUAUGGCAACCGGGUGUGGACAAGCUGGAGGAAGGGGAGGAGCUUCAGUGUGAUCCUUCUGCUUACAAUUCUCUUCAUGCCUUCCACAUUGGAUGGCCCUGUUUGAGUUUUGACAUUGUUCGUGACGCUCUGGGCUUACUUCGGACUGAAUUUCCUCACACAGUAUAUUUCAUGGCAGGGACUCAGGCAGAGAAAGCUUCAUGGAAUUCUAUUGGAAUUUUUAAAGUAUCAAAUAUCUCUGGGAAAAGACGUGAACUGGUGCCUAAACCUGCAGCUGAUGAUGCUGAAAUGGAUAGUGACAAUAGUGAUAGUGAGGAUGAUAGUGAUGAUGAAGAUCCUGAUAGUUCUAAGUCUCCCAUUUUGCAGUUGCGCAAGGUAUCUCAUGAAGGAUGUAUCAACCGCAUACGCUCCAUGACUCAAAAUCCUCAUAUAUGUGCAGCUUGGGCAGAUACUGGCUAUGUACAGGUCUGGGACUUCAAAUCUCAUCUCAAUGCUCUAGCAGAAUCAGAAACAGAAGGUGCCCAAGGAGCAGCUUCAGUUUUUAAUCAGAAUCCGCUGGCUAAGUUUAAGCAUCAAGAUGAAGGCUAUGCCAUAGACUGGAGUUCUGUAGAUCCUGGAAUGCUUGUAUCUGGGGAUUGCAAGAAUUGCAUAUAUCUGUGGAAGCCCACAUCUGCUGCAACCUGGAAUGUUGACAAAAUGAAUGCUGCACAUAAAGCAAGUGUUGAAGAUCUACAGUGGAGCCCCACAGAACCUAAUGUGUUUGCUUCUUGUUCUAUUGAUGGGAGUAUUGCAAUAUGGGAUACCCGUCUAGGGAAGUCAGCGGUGACAUCUUUUAAAGCUCAUAAUGCUGAUGUUAAUGUCAUGUCAUGGAACAGGUUGGCCAGUUGCAUGUUGGCCUCUGGGAGUGAUGAUGGGACAUUUUCUAUUCGUGAUCUUAGAUUGCUCAAGGAUGGAGAUUCUGUGGUAGCACAUUUUGAAUACCACAAGCACCCAAUCACAUCCAUCGAGUGGAGCCCACAUGAAGCUUCUUCUUUGGCUGUCUCAUCAUCUGAUAAUCAGCUCACAAUAUGGGACCUUUCCUUAGAAAAGGAUGAGGAAGAAGAAGCUGAAUUUAAAGCUCAAACCAAGGAACAAGUAAAGUCCCCUGAAGACCUGCCUCCUCAACUUCUAUUUAUUCAUCAGGGACAGAAAGACCUUAAAGAACUACACUGGCAUCCUCAAAUUCCUGGAAUGAUUGUGUCUACCGCAGCAGAUGGAUUUAACAUCCUUAUGCCUUCAAAUAUUCAAACAACCUUACCAUCUGAGGGCCCUUGAUACUUGGCAUUGCUGGGGACAUUUCCUGCAAAUCAUGGGCACACAUAUCUGGUGCAAUAAUUUUUGGUGUAAAGUAGUGUGUCGGAUUUUUUUAAGCAAAAGUUUUGUAAUGUUAACUACAGCAUUCCCCCUUCAUUUCCAUGUCAUUCCACUGAGUUUUGCUGUGGGUUGAUGCAUAACUGGUCAUGUCUAAUUAUUUUUCUGUUUUAUUCUCAAUGAAGGGUAUAUGAACUGAUUACGAUUUUGAAAAUUAAUCAAACUGAUUAGAAUUUUGGGCUUGAGAUA